AUGGCGGCGAACAUGUCAUAUCCCUAUACUCGAAGUCUGACUUAUGCUGAGUUUCCAAUCAAGUUUGUUUGGAAGGACGAUUCUUCAAAGUGGUUUUCUCGAAAGAAAAGCUUCACAAUUGAAAGGUUGACUCAUGUACCUGCAGAGUUAACAAUGUCAGAUGAUGAGAUUAAGCAAUUGUGCUUAAUGGAUAUAGACAAGAUCUUACAUUCCUAUGGUAAAACCUUGAAAGACUAUCCUCCUAUGCCUUUAGUAAUUGAAGUUGAUAGUUCUUUGUUAACCGAAAGGAUUAUUAGGGAAGAGCUAAACUUUAACAGGGAUGAUUUAAAGAAAAAUGCCUCAGACAUGUUAGCCAUCGCAACACCUGAGCAGAGAUAUGCAUUCGAUAAAAUUGUUACAGCUGUGUAUUGUGAUGAAGGGGUUUUUUCUUUGUAUAUUGUCAUGGGGUACUGA